UAUCGACAAACUUUUUUUGUAAUUUCAAAAUGGCAACGCGCGUUUGUAAAUAUAACCUCAACAGUAGACAAGCAAAUUUAGGAAUUUUUUUAAAGUUCGUGAAUGUUUAAAUUUAAUAAUAAUAAUCAUGAAUUCGCGAAAAGUGACAGCAGUUGUAUCGAAAGAUCAUGACGGUAAAGAAAUUGAAGGAAGAAUACCUAUAAAAGUUGCAGAACGUCCAACAUUUAUAUUAAAAACCAGAGAAGGUGAAAAUAGAGCAGUUUCUCCAAGUCAGCGAAAUGGAUCAAAGAAAGAAUCAGAAACUCCAACUGCUACAUCUUCAAAACCUUCUGAAUCUCGAAUGCUUAUGUCUAUGCCCCAAGAAAUGUCGAAUUGUAUCAAAUUUAUGGAUGAAAAUUUCCAGCUUUGUGAAAAUGUCUUAGACUAUUUAGUUGAUCAACAAGACUUUCUAGUAAUUGGAGUAUUAGGAACUCAAGGAGUUGGGAAAUCAACAAUCUUAUCACUUUUAACUUUUAAUCAUUUGCCAGAUAUAUUUGGAGUUGAAAAUUUAACACACUAUAAAACUGGAUCAAAUUGUACAACUGGGAUAGAUUUUUAUGUAACAAAAAAUCGAGUCAUCUAUUUAGAUACUCAGCCGAUUCUUUCUAGCGCUGUUAUGACUACAGCAACAUCUACACUAGAACACUAUGCCAGUACCGAUUAUAAUCUAGAACUACAAUCACUCCAAUUCACAGCCUUUCUAUAUUCGAUAUGUCAUAUUAUUAUAUUCGUUCAAGAUUGGUUUGUCGAUCCAAAUCUAGUAAGAUUUUUACAAACUGCUGAAAUGUUAAAACCAUCAUCAACAUCAAAUUUAGAUCAAGAUUACGCUGAAUAUUAUCCUCACAUCCUCUUUCUUCAUAAUAAAGCAGAAAUUGACGAUUUUAGGCCCGAGACUCAGAAAAUAAUGACGGAUUUUUAUACUAAAGUGUUUGCCACUUCUAAACUACAAAUUCACAGUGGAUUAGACAUGAGCUCAUAUCCUACCGAAGGGCAAUUAAAUUUAUUUCUUAUUCCUAAAAUCUGUCCAGAAAGUGAACCAAUUAUGCAUGAUAAUGAAAAAGACUUGAUAGAAAAAUUACGAAAUAAAAUUCACGGAGUGUCACGAAAUUCAUUAACGCCUUCAACGUUGACAGAAAAAAACUGGUAUCAUUACGCUUCAAAAGUUGUAGAGGCUAUAAAGAAAAGUCAUCUUUCUUUAGAAUACGGAAGAUUACUUCCAUAAAGUAUUAUCUAAGAUUAUUGCCUAUUAGGUAUAACAUAAAUUACAGGCACACGUGGGCUUGAAC